GAAGGCACGUGAUACAGGUGACACAAACAAGUUGAAUAUUCCGGAAGUGAAUUUCAACAAUAAAUAGUUUAAUAUUUCGAUACUUUUAAAGAAUUUGUUUUAAGUUACAACGUAAUCAACCGCUGCUGAUCAACCAAGAACAUGUUUAAAAGUUGCUGGAUCAUUGCUGCUGUUGUCGCAGUUCACCUGAUCGGCACAGUAAAAUGUCAGCUGGACCCAGAGAUUGUAGAUGAGAUUAUACCAGAAGUUACAUCACAGGGCGGACAGGCAAAACUUAACUGUACUGUGGUAAAUAAGCAGGAUGCUCAUACUGUAAUUUGGGCAUUUUUAGAUUCCAAGUCCGGUGGUGAAAUUAUUACCACUGAUGAAAACAUAUUUGUUGAAAACAAAGUUUGUAAAGAGGGCUCAAAGAAGUACGGUAUAGUAAAGCGUGAAUUCAAGAAGCGUAUAACGUACAUGUUGGUGAUUAACUGUUUAGAAGUCGUGGAUUAUGGUUACUAUAAAUGUUAUAUUCAAAUCAGAGGCUCGGCAUCAUGGCCUUCAAAAAUAGGGCAUCUUAUUGUCCAAGUUCCGCCAACUAUUACCAGCAAGAACGUGGCAGUGUUACAGCUGGACGUGGGUCACUCUCACAACCUUGAAUGUUCUGCGACAGGCGUACCCGCUCCAAAUAUAACGUGGAUCCGGUCAGACGGAGGACUUCUUCCUGGAUUAGAUGCCGCUCAACUAAGGAACACCACAUUACCUUUAAAGAAUGUAACAAAGGAAGACCGAGGGCUGUAUAAAUGUAUUGCAGAUAACCAGGUCAGGCCGCCAGAUGUAUAUCUUGUCUCACUAAGCGUCUUCUUCAAACCUGAGACACUUGCUGUGCAAGAUACUGUCGGGCAAGCUCAAAAUAGACAGUUUGAUGCUAAGCUAGAGUGUCGAGUAUCAGGUUAUCCUGAGCCGGAAGUGGUGUGGUACAAAGAGCCGACCAGAAGUGAAGGAAACACGCAAUUAAUACAGCUAAAUGACAAUGAGAAAUAUGAAAUAACAAAACUCAUUGCCACAACGACAUUACGUUUCCAAGAAGCCUGGUAUGUGCUCCGAAUUAAAAACGUGGAAGCAAACGAUUACACCAAAUAUUACUGUGUGGCAAGAAACAGAAUUGGAGAAAACAGACACACAAUUAUUGAGCUUUUUGAAACAAUGGAGUGUCAAGGGGCCAAUUGUCCAUCUUUCGAAGCCCAAGGUGCCUCAGCAAUCUCUGUAUCAUUGUUGGCAACAGUUGCUAUGGUUACACUCGCAAAACUUAUGUUGUAGCUGUGAUCUGAUUGGCUCUUAAUUACAUAUUUUUGUUAGUAACACAUGAUUUGAAAAUGUAUUUAGAAAAUAUUAACUAAAUGUGAAAACUUAUAAAAAAUGGAUCAUCUAUCAAUAUUAAGAAUUAAAAAUGCUUUUAUCCAGUAAUAAAGAUAAUGAAUGGUUGAGGAAAGGAAUGAAAUUUUAGUGAAAAGAAGCUUAUAACAUAAUUUUUUUUUGUAUUUAUGCAUCAUGUAAGACGUAUAAUCAAUAUAAGAUUAUAUUUUGUUUGCAAUAUUUGAAAUGUAAGCAGCAAAAUAUGUUUGACAUGUUAGAAUCUGUUUCAUGGAAUUAAGUAAUGAAUUAUACGUUCGACUCAAAAAUUUAUUUCUUUUAAAUGUUAUAGAUAGAUCAUGGUACUCGUACAUUUUUGUUAAUUUUAUAGCAUUUUUAGUUUGCAAUCAAUAGCUAUUUCUGCAGAAAAUACAUGAUAUAGUGAUAAUAUCCAAAUAGAAAGAAAUGAACAUUUCUGAUGUAUCAAAAUAGAAAGAUUGAAGAAAAAAAUUCCUGAUUUUUUAAAAUUCUUUAGUGAUAUCCAUUUUUGUACAUAUGUGUAUAUUAUUAAUUGUAGAAACAUGUAUACAAAGUUACAUAUCAUAU